UCUGCCAACCAACGCUUGCAGUUGGAGUUCGGCGGCGCGGCAGGGAACAUCGGCGGGAGGAAGCAGCAGAAGCAAGCGGGGGUAUGGGGAACCAUCACAGCCACGAUGUCCUCCUGCAAAAUUCUCUCCCAAGGAACAACUCUGGAUCUGAUCUUCACGACAAGACCCCGACGCAAUUAGUGCCCAUUGACAAAUUAGCUAAGAUUCUUGCCCAGAAGAGUUUAGAAGAAGAUUCGGUGCAAGGAAUUACGAGCCGAAUAUUCACUAAAUAUGUGUUCCCGCGGUAUCCAGAUUUAUCCCAACGGCUGUUCUUGUUCUUCCAUUCCUCCGCUGGCCCACAAAAACAUGAGUGGCUUAGCCAAACAACAUUCAAACAACAGGCCGAAAGAUUUCUUGGCGUUCUGGCUGAUGAGCGACAGAUUGAGAUAUAUGUCAAGAUGUAUUCAUCCGAUGACAGUGAGGUGACACAAGAAAAUUUUAGAGAUCUGCUUAUGGCUGCAUAUCGUUUAGCGAUGGAUCAUUAUCCUGAAGGCUCUGUUACGUGCAAGAGACUCUACCACACCUUGCAGGCUGUUAUUGAUUCUGCUUUCCAUCGUAAGAAGACACUGUCGGUGACAUACCUGACGCACUGGAUACAACAGCACUGUCCUCGCCUGACUGUGGGGCUGUUCCGCUUCGUGGUGCACGUCCUCAGUACAGCUUACAGGUCCCUGGGUCAAGACAACAAUGGACCAGCGGAGCUGGACUUGAGUACCCCAGUGCUGGAACGAGAAAUAAGCUUUGCACCUAAAGAUGACGAAGAAGAAAUGCUUCCAGUGUCAGAGGUGUGGCUGUUGUCACUGACAUUGCCUGCAGUAUUCACUCGCCCAUCACCUCACCACUCUCCCGCUUCGUCCGCCAACGGCCUUUCUUCGCAGCAAUUCAUCGCCAAAAUGCUUGGCUGUAUCUGUCCGUCCCAUUGGGUCCUGCUGUACAACAGCAGCCAACAUGGACUUGGAGCCAACAGGUUCAUGCAUCACGUGCUGGGCUAUAAAGGGCCGACGCUGAUUUUCGUGCGUGGUGAGCAGGAUACGCAGUUCUGCCUGUCGGCCAGCAGCGAGUGGCGGGAGUCCCACCAGUACUGGGGGGAUGAAGACUGCGUCCUCCUGCAGAUGCUUCCUCGUUACCACGUUGUGGAAAAGGGUCCCAAACUUCUGUACCUGAACACCUCAAUACGGGGCUAUCCAGUAGCACUGCGAGCAGGGCAAGAUCCCCGGAAACCCAGCCUCGAGGUUGAUAUAGAUUUCUCUGUUGUCAAAUUUUGUGACAUCCCAUACAGCCUCCUUGAUGUUGAGGUGUGGGGCUGUGGACCUCAGCAAUCUAGGGAGUCUCAGUUGGAAAUUAAGAAGUGGCAGGUCAAACAGGCAGAAAAGCAACGUGUUGUGAAACUGAGUGCCGCCGAAUGGGUGGACCAUCCAGACCGCUACCUGCUUGAACUGGCGGGGCGUACGUGCUACAACAAUAAGAUGACGAAACCUGGGUGCAUCACUCAGAGCUGGAAACGAAAAAGCAAUCACCAGAAAAGAAGAAAUUCGAGGCAGCUCAUGAUGACAGUUUUUUGGGAUAGUGAUUGUGUCAUUCUCGUGAAUGUGCUGCUAAAAGAAUCGUGGCGCCUCUGGCAUGGAGUGCCAUGUCUUUGGACCUGAUGACCUUGGACUCUACUUCUGGCUAGCACAUUCUGCACGCUGUGUUCGUGCAGCCAUAUUGUAUUCGCCUUGUUCAGUGUCUAAAUAAAUGUUAA